AUGAUGGUAACACUGCAGACACCUAGUCUCACGGACCUCUUCCCAUUCGUAGAUCCAGCUUGCUCUCAACCGUCGUUUCGGGCUAAGCUGUUCGUCAUGACGGGUAAAUGGCGUCCGGUUGGUGCCUCGUUAAUCUUCCCGCGUUCUCCGGCUUUCGCGGCCGCGUGCCUGCUACUCUGCACUCUUGCGACACCCCUCGCCUUCUCGCCUGCUUUUGUCGCCUCUUCACCUGAUGCGGAAGCUCUUCUCCGCGUGCGCGCGACGCUUCAGCUGUCGCAGGAGUCCGCACUGCCGUCGUGGUCUGAUGCGACGAGUCCGUGCGACGGCGGAUGGGAGGCGGACGUGAGAUGCGACCCCGACACCAACCAAGUCGUACAUCUCGACAUAUCCAGCUUGCAGCUAUCGGGGCCCAUCCCAGGCGCGGACCUCGCCCACCUCUCCUACCUCACCUACCUGGCGUUGGAUGGCAACAGCUUCUCGAGCUCUCUGCCGGCGGACCUUUCCAGGCUGUCUGGCCUGAAGCACCUGUCUAUGGAAGGCAACGCAGUGGAAGGGCCCAUACCAGGCGACGUGCUGCUCUCCCUCACCGCCCUCACCCUGCUCAACCUCAAGACCAACAACUUUUCGGGCCAGCUGCCAGAGUCUCUGGGGGCUCUCACCAACCUGGUUGCAAUCAACCUGGGAGCCAAUCAGCUGACAGGCGAGAUUCCAGCAACCUACUCCGCCCUCUCACAAAUCGUGUACUUCAAGGCGUCGCGCAACAAGCUGGACGGCGCCCUUCCCGACUGGUUCGCCUCCUGGCCGCGACUCAUGGACCUCGAGCUCUUCAAGAACGGCUUCACAGGCCCCAUUCCCAACUCUCUUGGCAACGUGCAGUCUUUGGUCGCCCUGUCACUGGACGAGAAUGCACUGUCGGGCUCGCUGCCUGCAUCGCUGGGAUCGCUGCCACGCCUUGAAGCACUCUAUGUGGUGUCCAACAACCUAGAAGGGUCCAUCCCCGAUUCCUUCAGGGGCAUGCAGAGCCUCAAGUACAUUGAUCUCAGCUUUAACCUGCAGCUAUCAGGCCCUCUCCCAGACUUCUUUGGCGCCAUGUCCUCUCUUGAGUCCAUUGCCCUCGAGUCAUGCAGUUUCACCGGCCCCAUCCCACCCACCCUCACAUCCCUCCCCAACCUGCGGGAGCUUUUCCUCGACCACAACUCGCUGCACGGCGCCCUGCCGCCCUCCCUAGCCACCCUCUCAGCGCUCACAGCGCUCUACCUCAACAGCAACCAGCUCUCGGGGCCGAUUCCUGAGGAUCUGUGUGGGCUGGGGUCGCUGGGGGUGGUCAUGCUUGGGCAUAACGACCUGGAGGGUGGCAUUCCUGCUUGCCUGCUUGCUCUGCCCAACAUCUCCACACUGGAUCUGUCGUCCAACCGCCUGUCAGGCCCCGUCCCACCCGUCCCUCCCGCCUCCUCCAUUGACUUCCGAGUUGGCGGAAACUGCCUGGAAGGAGCGCCGCAGCAGCUCUCCCCUUGCCCCACAGGUGGGGGCGUGGGGGAAGAAGGGGAGGAGAGACAACUAGCAGCGAUGGCUGCAGCAGACCAGGGCAGCAGCACGGACAGCACAAGCACAUACACACCGGCGUCAGCUUCUGGGUGGGGGUGGCUCAACUUCCUUCUUCUUGCUCUCGCCCUCGCAUCAGCUGUCACCAUUGCAGCUGCAUGCUUCGGAUACAUCACUCAGCGCAGACCCCCCUCCUCCUCCGCUCUUGAUGUCGCCCCGCCUCUCACCCUGCCUCCUCAACGUGUCGAAGAGCUGCCAGUGACUGAAUACGGGCUGUCCAAGAUAAAGCGCGCCACCAAGAACCUUACCACGCUGUGUGGCAAGGGCAGCUUUGGCACCGUCUACCUGGCACAGGACUUCCUGCCUGACCGUGCCAACCCGCACGUCAUCAUCAAGCGAGCACAUGACCCUGAGAAGAUGAGUGAGGAGCAGUUGAAGGAGAAGGUGGAGGAGCUGGCGAGGGCGAGGCACCGGUGUCUGGUGGCGCUGCUGGGGUACUGCAUGGGAAAGACAGAGCGCAUGCUCGUGUUUGAGUACAUGCCCUAUGGCACUCUCUUUGACCGCCUGCACCGGUCGAACCUGGAUCCCAUGCCGUGGGAGGCGAGGGUGCGAGUGGCGGUGAACGUGGCGUCAGCGCUGGCCCAUCUGCACCACGGCGUGGACCCGCCUCUCACCCACCGUGCUGUCACCUCCUCUAACGUGCUGCUCGGCGCUGACAUGACCGCCAAGCUCUCCGACUACGGGCUGGCGAGGGGCUGCGCCGCCCAAGCAGCGGACGACCUGGCACGGCGGCGCCGCGCGCACCGCAGCUCGCGCAGCCGCGGCACGAGCAUCGGCAGCACGGGGCAGCUAGACAGCCUCCAAGGCGGCAGCAGCAUCGCUGGCAGCAGCGGUAGCAGUAGUGGCGACUUGCUGGGCGGCGUGGGCGGGCGGUCGUUUGGGAGUGGGAGGCGGCGGGGUGGAGGGGGGAAGAGUGGGAGCGACACUGAUGGGGAGGCGGUGCUGUCGCGGGAAAGCACGCCGCAUUUCGCGAGGGAGAGGGAGAGCACGCCGAUUCUUUCGAGGGAGAACACAAUUUCGAGCAUGGAUGAGAGGAAGGCGGAUGUGUAUGGGUUCGGAGUGGUGCUGCUGGAGUUGAUCACGGGGCAGAAGGCCAUGCAGGACGUGUAUAUCACCAGCUUGGCGGCGCCCUUCCUAGAGGAUGACCAGAUGAUGCCCCUCAUGGCUGACAGUGCUCUUGCAGGCUACUUCAACCAGGACGAGCUCAUCUCCCUCGCCUCCAUAGCACGGGACUGUGUACACCAGGCGCCUUCCCAGCGCCCCUCCAUGCUCGACGUCCUCACAGCCCUCGAGGACACAGUAGACGAGGACCUCCUCUCCUCCCUCCACAGCCCCUCCACACGCCUCCUCUCUCCCGGCUCCACCGCCAGCGGCAUCACCAGCACCAGCAACGGAGACCGGUACACUGCCUUGGCGAAUGACGGCGCUUUUGACGAUGCUGCUGGGGGGGGUACAGGGAUGGGGGGAGGGGGAGCGGGGAAACGGAGUGCCGGGUCGUCGUUCAUUGAUGUGAUUUCGGCGUCGUUUCGGAGGCGAGGAGGUGGGGACAAGGGAGGUGGGAAGGGGGAGGGGAUGCAGAGGGGAUCGGGACAAGGCCCCCCGUCGCCGAAUCGGUCGGGGAGGAGUGAUGUCUCGGAUAUAGAGAGCUCUUCCCUGCACUAUAUCACCCCCAAGGGUCACUGA